AUGGACGACGACCGCGACGCCCGACGCAGGUCCAGCGCGACUUCGCCAACGAGCCGUCGUACCGCCGCCGCUGCCGAGUCCUCAACCACCCGCGAUGGCGAUGGUCUUUCUGAGAGCUUCCAGUCCACUGAUACUGUAAGGCGGCGGCCCGAAGGCUCCUACGGCACCAUAACCAAUGCUCCGGAACCUCGACCCUCCGUACAUGAUCCGCCGCAGACUCCUCGUCAGUCGCAGUCCGGUCGGCCGACCAUUAGCGACCGUACCAAGUCGUUCCCGCGUCCGCGAAAGCCGCCUCUGUCGAGACGCCCCUCCUCAACCACCCCCCAUCGCGGCGAGGUCUUCUCUGCCCACGACGACACGCACGAGGUGGAAGCCGAUGCUUUUGGGCGGGGAUACACAGCUAGGCGACGACAACCACCCCCAACCACCCUCUCUCGCGUGCAGUCACACCGGAACGAGUCCAUGGUAGACACCGAACCCAGUGCCGCUAGCACCCGCCCAAGCUCUGUCAAGGACGAUGAUGAAGACGACAAUGAAGAGACCGACGAGCACGAACACGAGCACGAAGAGCUUGCGCUUGAGGAACACGUCGACUGUGACUCUGAAGGCGACAUUAGCGAAGCCGAGAGCUUCACUCUGAAAGACCGACAGCAGGCCAUCAACCAGACCCACCCCUUUGGUAUCAGAGUCUGGAAACCUGCUUUGUAUAAAAAGGAUCGCUCGAUUCAAAAGUCGGCCGAAGGAGAUAUUCACUCUUCCCCAGGUGGCAACGUCAACAAGUGGCUCGUCUUGUUCAACCUGAUCUGGACUGUCUGCUUCGGUUGGUGGAUGGCCCUGUUUGCAGCUUUUGGCGCCGUCAUGUGCCUCCUCUUUGCUGCUGCUCCCAGUGGUAGAGAGUACGGUCGUGUGCUUUGGGGUCUUUCCGGCUAUCUCUUUUAUCCCUUUGGCAAGUACGUUCGUCUUGAGAAAGAUGAGCAGUACACGCACGAAGAUGGAGAUGAGGGUCGCAGCAUUUCCGAGUAUGAGCAAUGGCAAAGUGGCGAUUUGGAGUAUGGUAGACUCUUCUUCGGACCCGACCGCACUAGAUCCAUUAUCGGACGCUCGCGAAGUAGCGUUGACUCGGAACGGGACGAAAGCGACAGCCUGCUCGGCCGCGGAAGACGUUCUGAUAAUCCAAACAACACACAAAUGAAGAGAAGACUAUUUGGCCGAGGAGAAUGGAAUGUCGGCCGUGUCAUUUUCUUUCUCUUCUUUUACUGUCUCAUCUCGCCAUCCCUCAUUAUUGUGUCUCUGAUCUGCUGGUUCCUUGUCUUUUGGAUUCCCAUGGGCAAGGUGACCAUGCUGCUCUUUGAUCACCUGCGCCGCCACCCACUUGCUCUUACGUUUGAGUCUCAUUUAGAUUACGCCAGGUUUUCCGAUGGGCCCGAUUCGUCGAUUCUGCUCUGUACUUACCGCGCUGUCGGUAUCAAAUACUGGAAGUACACCAUCGAUGGGACCAACAUCUUCCUCAUCAACCUCAUGGCCGUCGUCUUCUUCGUCAUCUUUGACUGGGCCGUCCUGGAUCGAGCGCUGCAUCUGAAGAUGUUCAUUACCGGACCGGCCUUCUUGUUCAUCGCGGGUUUGGUGUCCAUUAUCCCCCUUGCCUACUUUAUUGGCCAGGCUGUUGCCUCCAUCUCGGCGCAGUCCUCUAUGGGACUUGGUGCUGCCAUCAACGCCUUGUUCGCGACGGUUGUAGAAGUGUUCCUGUACUGUAUCGCAUUAGGUCAAGGCAAAGCUCAGCUUGUGGAGGGAAGUAUUGUGGGCAGCAUUUUCGCCGGUAUUCUCUUCCUCCCUGGGCUUUCAAUGUGUUUCGGUGCUUUGAAACGCAAAACGCAACGCUUCAAUGCCAAGUCGGCAGGCGUGACCUCGACCAUGUUGCUCUUCGCCGUCGUCGGCGCUUUUGGGCCAACCCUAUUUUACCAAAUCUACGGCACGCAUGAACUGCAGUGCCUCGGCUGUGAGGAUUUUGGUGAAAUUGGCGGUCGUCCGGAAGGUCGUGAUUGCCGUCGAUGCUAUUUCUCGCAAGCGCCAGCUCUGAAUGAUCGAUUUUAUCUCGAAGCCGUCCGGCCAUAUUGCUACAUCGCCGCAUUUAUGCUCUUCUUUUCGUAUCUUAUCGGUCUGUGGUUUACCCUGCGUACGCACGCCGCCGUCAUCUGGAACUACGAGGUGGAGGAGAAGCGUCAGGAGGAGCAAAUGCACGCGUCUUCAGUUUUGAGACCCUCACAGCCGUCUGCGGCCGAAACGAGCAGUGCAGACAUCCGAGACACGCACCUGUACAAGCGAAUCCUAGGCCAGUCCUUGAAACAAGUCGGUCUUUCAACGCAAGAGUCUGGGCGUCAGGCUUCCGUUAGCAGCCACGAAGCGGCGGCAAAUGGCGCACCAAGUACUCUUCACUUUGUACCACCAAAGAGCGCUGGCACCGAGAGUCGGUCAUUGGGCAAGGCCACUACCGGCCUCGGUCACGGAGACAACUCCGCGCUCGUCCGCGAAGUUGCGGAGAUUGCCGCGACUGCCGCUACUAUCGCUUCGCGGGAUCGCCAUCACAGCCGAAAAGCGUCUUUUGUACCGCCAUCCACAAAGCACACGGCUUCCCGUGCAGGUGUCUUUGAAGAAGACGGUGCUGGACACAGUACCGGUGGGCACGGAGGUCACGAUGCGCCAAAUUGGGGUCGUGGAAAGAGUGCAUUUAUACUGAUGUCGGCUACCGUUUUGUAUGCCAUCAUUGCCGAGAUUCUUGUUGACACUGUCGACGUUGUCUUGGAAAAUUUUGCGAUAGAUGAAAAGUUUUUGGGCGUUACGCUUUUCGCGUUAGUGCCAAAUACGACGGAAUUUCUGAACGCCAUCUCGUUUGCUAUGAACGGCAACAUUGCACUGUCCAUGGAGAUUGGUUCCGCUUAUGCUCUCCAAGUUUGCCUGCUGCAGAUUCCCGCCCUUGUGCUGUACUCUGCGCUGUACCCCUAUACCGGUCCCAGCGGCGACAACAGUGAGGCCGCCAUGUACACGUUCUCGCUAUUGUUUCCGCAAUGGGACAUGGUGACGGUUAUCCUGUGCGUGUUCUUGCUUAGCUACGUCUAUGGCGAAGGCAAGAGCAACUACUUCAAGGGCAGCAUCCUGAUUCUCACGUAUCUGGUCGUGGUCACUGGGUAUUACUUUAGCGGGUACACGUCAGAUGCUAUGGGGACGCAGCGAUUUGAUGUCAUGGGUACGAACGGACAGUACGAAUCGUCGUUCAAGACGAUUGGUCGCUCGACGAAGGGACGCGCAUACUAG